CGAAGGCCCACAAUAGUCAAGAUUCGGGGGUCUACGUCAAUGACGACACGAGAGCGUCCAGCAACAGUACAGGGACGACGAGGGCCUCAACACGCGCGUCGUCCAGCAGUGUUGUGAACAGUCCGUACCAGAGACUGCUCGUGCACUGGACCAUUUGCUCGAGGUUGCCGAAGCUCAGCCACCCCCAAACUCGAGUAAGGCCAAGGGCAAGGAAGUUGACCGCGGGAUACGAUCCGCUAGAGAUGUGGACAGCAAAAUUCCCGUUUCGGUUCCGAUGACCAGGCUACAGAAGCUUGCAACACUGAACUUUGUGAGCCAGAAAGAGCUAGCAGCACGGCCUAUUCCCGUGGGCAACGCCGAGAUUAGCAAGUUACGUGCCUUAUCGGCAUUUCUGAGCCCCAUCAAAGACCAAAUCACUCUAUUAGGCAAGGAGCUUCCUAGAUGCAGACACCACUUGGUAGAACUUGGACCACAGCACGAAUCCUCAGGACCUUCCAAAGUCUACAUCUGCAUCGAGGGCCUGACCAACCCAGCCGACAUUAAAUUAUUCCAUAAGGUGAUGUCCCAGACGCGUUACAGAUAUCUCUACGAACCAUGGGGGCUCUGUUAUGAGGCCCUGAAGAUUUCUCGCCGAGCCGCUGAUCACCAUGUCCUCCAACUCCAAGGGAACGGGGACACGUACUGCGGAGCAGUUCUUGAAACCUCCACAGGUUCUGGGAUAUUUUCAACAAUUGGGGGGCUCAUUGAAGUCGACGGUAAUAUAUACGCCAUGACGACAUCUCAUCAUCCUGACAAAUAUGAGCCAACGAUAGAGGAAAAUUUAAAGAGCCUUUUGGAAAGCCAAGCAGAUACUCUUGCGGAGUCUGACUUUCCGGACGAUUUGGAACCUGCGUUUGUGUUGACUUUUGAUCAAGAGGAUUACUCGGCUUUGUCAGAAACCUCAACUGGAACAAGGAAAGAUUACUUCUAGACCGACGCCUGGAAGAGAUUGUCGCGUACAGGGAACGGAGCUUCCCGGGCCACCGAUAUUUGACGAUUAUUGAAGGGGACGACUGGAAGUUGAUACCCAUGGACCACCGCCGACAAUUGCCGAACAUAUUCCUUCCCUACCCCGGGGGAAAAAGGUAUAUAAUCAAUGUGUGUGAGUCGCCGUCCGGAUGCACUGUUGCCGUCGUUUCCGGAGUCACGGGUCCACAGUUCGGGACCAUGUCCUUGGGUCCAUCGUUCCUCGUUGGAGAUGGCCUCGUGCAAGAGAUCUGGACUACGUACAUGAGCAACAGCAGCCCUGGUAAUUUCUGCCCUCCUUUGGUACCUAGUGCU